GUUGAUGAAUAUACCAGUCGUAGGCCCAUAGGGUUCGACGAGCGUCUACGUAGGUUUAAGAUGCCGUCGACCCGGUGGGGGGAUCAUUUGAAGGAGUUUUAUUUUACAAACUUAGGAGAUUACCUAGGUCGGUCCCGGAUGGGCCCCGGCCCUCCGGAACCUAUUCCCUUAGGUCCGUCGGCUUACAUAGCGUCCAGCUGGUUUCGGCCCUCGGACAGUUACCUUGGAGAUGAUGCUGCCAGUAUUAAAGUUCAGGACUUUGCUAGGGCCGAACUAGGGAGUCCGGGUAGGAGUAGUUUAUUUACUGCGCCUUUUUGUAAGUAGUUUCUCACGGACUUCUAACACUUGCUUGCUUUAUUGAAACAGGUUCCUCCAUGGAUGCCAUCCUGGAACGGCUGGCUGGGGUCCAUACUCCGGUGGCUCCUCCGGCUUUCACCCCCUCUCCCCCGGCCCCUUCCUUGAAGGUUUCUUCCGGCGCUCCUCCCGAAACCAUCGACUUGGUGGAUGACGAGGAGGUGCUUCCGGGAGAAGGCCAGGGGAAAGGAUGGGACUUCUCGGAGGAAGCCGCCGAGGGUGCCGGAGACCCUCAAGCUCUCCCAGUGGUAGCAGAGGAGGACGAGGAGGAGUCAGAAGUGGCUCUGAUCCGCAAGCGCAAGGGCAAGAUGAUCGCUCAAGACGAACCAAAGAGGCCUCGGAGGGUCGAUACUCCCGCUCAUGGCCUAGACGGCGGGGUGUCCCCGAUGGAGGAAAAUCCUGCUCCUCCUCGCAUUGAGCUCACCCCAAUUCCGGGGGAUGAGGCCAGGCAGGAGCUUCGUAUAGCGAAACACAACUACGCUAUGGACGAGUACUCCCGGGGAUAUGCCGAUGUGGAGGCCCUUAGGAGGAUCCUGCGGGCGGAGGUUGAGGCGAGCAUUAACCAUCCGGAAUAUCAUGAUCCGUGGAACCUCAACCUGGAUCCUUUGGCAGACUGGUUCCGUCCCCUCUUAGGGCCCACUCUGGCUCCUUUUGCCGCGGAAAUGACCGGGGAGUUCGCCUCCCAGCUUACACGCUGUGCGCCCAAGCGGUUUGCCACUUGCGCUUCCCUGAACUCUAUCUUCCAAGUCCAGGACCUCAGCCAUUCCCUCACAGUGCUUGCAGCUGAGGCUGGUCGCCUCUCCAAGAACAUCAUAAGCCAUGGCUUCGCUCUGUCCGAUUUUGGGGACAUGAACGACGUCAAGAAGGUCCUUCAAGACCUUACUGCGGAGAGGCAGAUCUACCAGGAGGCCGCCGAGCGCCAGGAGGCUGCGGCCAAGGCUAAGGAAGAGAGGGCCAAGGCCAGGGAGGAGGAGGCCAUCCGGAGGGAGGCUCAGGCGGAGGACAUGAUCCAGGCCGAGGCCCAGCGGAGAGGCAGGAUGGAGGCCCAUCAUCAGGAGGAGCUGAGGGCUCAAACUGAGGCUGCCGAGAAGGCCAGGCGGGACCUUCGGGAGGCCAGGGAGGCUUUGGACGAAAUGGCCGCCAAGGUGAAGUCUCUAGAGGAGACUCACCAGUCGGAUAUUGAAUCCAAGGCCGCUCUGGCUGCGGAGUUGAAGGAGCUUCGGGACUAUAAAGAUCAGUCUAUUAGGAAGGCCAAGAGGGCCGAGCUCCUUUCUCCCGUCUCCUGUGCCCGGUGCCCGAAGCGCUUUGAUGAUGGUGUCUACAUGGCUUGGGCCACCAACGAUCAGAGCAUCAAGCUUUCUUUCUAUCCCAAACCCGAGGACAUGAUUGCCAAAUUUCGGGAGAAGAAGAAGAGACUUGAUGCUGAGCUUGAGGCACGGAUCGGACCUCGUCUUCCGCCACGGGCUGACUGAGCUGCCC